CCGAGCGGUCGGGCGGCGGCGGCGGCCGAGGCCCGAGGCCGGGGCCGUCGGCGGGUCGGGGCCGCCGCGAUGCCGGGCUUCACGUGCUGCGUGCCGGGCUGCUACAACAACUCGCACCGGGACAAGGCGCUGCACUUCUACACCUUCCCCAAGGACGCGGAGCUGCGGCGCCAAUGGCUCAAGAACGUGUCCCGGGCCGGCGUCAGCGGCUGCUUCUCCACCUUCCAGCCUACGGCCGGCCACCGCCUGUGCAGCGUCCACUUCCAGGGCGGCCGCAAGACCUACACGGUGCGCGUCCCCACCAUCUUCCCGCUGCGCGGCGUCAAUGAACGCAAGGCCCGGCGGCCCGGGGGUGGCGGAGCGGCGGGGGCGGCGGCCCGGCGGAGGCAGCAGCAGCAGCAACAGCAGCAGCAGCAGCAAUCAGCGCAGCCACCCCAGCCUCCGUCUCAGCCGGCCGCGCUUCCGGCCCCGGCGCAGGCAUCCCUAGUGUCCGCUUCGGCUGCCGUGCUGCUCACGCUGCAGGCGGCCGUGGAAAGCGGAGCCGCCGCCGCUGCACCCCCGCAGCCGCCCGCCGGGGACGACGUGAAGCCCAUCGAUCUGACCGUGCAGGUGGAGUUCGCUUCGGCCGAGGGAGCCCCCGCGCCCGAGCUCGGUGUCCCGGCCGUGGCUGCCGCGGCCUCGGGGCCCCGGCUGGUGGUGGUGGGCGAGGAGGGCUUCCCCGACACGGGCUCGGACCAUUCUUAUUCUCUGUCCUCUGGCACCACUGAGGAGGAGCUGCUGCGGAAGCUGAACGAGCAGCGCGACAUCCUGGCGCUGAUGGAGGUGAAGAUGAAGGAGAUGAAGGGCAGCAUCCGCCACCUGCGGCUCACCGAGGCCAAGCUCCGGGAGGAACUCCGAGAGAAGGACCGGCUUUUGGCCAUGGCGGUUAUCCGCAAGAAGCACGGGAUGUGAGCCGGCCUCCUGCCUGCCCCCACCCCAGACCUCUGGCUUCCCACCUGCCGUUGGCCCCGCCUGGGACUGCCUUUGACGCUGGUCCUCACCCCUACCCCUUUCUCUGCAGUGGGACUCCCGGCCUGGCAUCCACCGUCCUGGACCACAGAUGGAACGAGCCCGGGGUGCCCUCACUUGUGGUGGCCUCUGACAUGAUUACUGCCUCAAGAAGGCAGGUGGGCUGGGCUGGGCUGGUGGCCCCUCGGUUCUGUGCAUUGGCCACGCCAGCCGGUAUGAGAAGGACUUAUUCGCUGUUUCUGUUUGGAACUCUUUUUAUGACCAUAGGAUUUAAAGCGAUCACUGUUUGGAACUCAUCCUUAAGGUUAUGGGUGGGAAGGCAGGCUCCAGGGAACCAUACCAGGGGAAUUCAACCUUGGAGUUGAUCAGACAGUCCCUUUCUGUGUAGUGAUAAAGACAGAGUUGGGACCCAGAUCCCAAGAAGCAUCCAAUGCUUAUUCCCACUUCCUCCUGGCCCUCCACCCUUCAGCUUUUUCUAUCCCAGUUUUGGACUGUGAUUCCAAUAAGGGGAUGUGAUGAACUGGAAUCAAAUCUAUUGAGUUUUUUCCUGGGUGGUAUGAGCAGGACAUUCCCCUCUGUCUCUUGUCUGGCAGUUUGUCUUUGGCGGGGAGCUGGGUGACCUUUCUGAGGUAAACCCAAUUUGCCUGGGACUUGGGUUUUUUUUUUAAAAUAACCCCCUCCAAAAAAACCCAUCCUGGUGAUAUGUUUGCUACUGGUUACAAAAAUUAUAUUUUCUGUACAAUUAGACUAAAGUUUUCACUGUGUCCUGUUUGGCAAAGCAAAUUAAUUAAAAUGUAAGGUUUUUAUUUGGG